GGAAUUGUGCUGCAGACAAUGCUCAGCAGCAGCAUCUGGAGCAGCCCUGGGGACCCAGCUACACAUUGCUACACACAUAGCCAGGCACAAUGACAGCAGCUGCCUGGAGUGGCUGCGGGCAGCAGGCGGGAGCAUGAAGUGAACGGAUCACUGCAGUGCUCAAGAUGAACUCCACCUUGGUUGGUAACCAGAGUGGGCGGCCAUUCUGCCUCCUGGCCAUUAGCUACUUGGAGACCGUCAAUUUUUGCCUCCUGGAAGUGAUUAUAAUAGUGUUUCUCACUGUGCUGAUCAUUUCAGGCAAUAUUAUAGUGAUAUUUGUCUUUCACUGUGCACCUUUACUGAACCACCACACCACCAGCUACUUCAUCCAGACGAUGGCAUAUGCUGACCUCCUGGUGGGUGUGAGCUGUCUGGUGCCUUCUUUGUCCUUACUCCACUAUCCCAUUGUUUUGAGAGAGUCCUUGGUCUGCCAGGUCUUUGGUUAUGUGGUAUCUGUGCUCAAAAGUGUCUCCAUGGCCUCUCUGGCUUGCAUUAGCAUUGAUAGAUACAUUGCCAUCACCAAACCACUGACCUACAAUAGUCUGGUCACCCCGUGGAGACUUCGUGUCUGCAUCCUGAUCAUUUGGCUGUACUCCUGUGUAGUCUUCUUACCUGCCUUCUUUCACUGGGGAAAGCCUGGAUAUCAUGGGGAUGUGUUUCAGUGGUGCGCCGACUCCUGGUACACUGAUCGCUAUUUCACUCUCUUCAUUGUGAUGAUGCUCUAUGCCCCUGCGGCUUUCAUCGUCUGCUUCACAUACUUCAAUAUCUUCCGCAUCUGCCAGCAGCACACCAAGGAAAUCAAUGAAAGGCGAGUGCGCUUCAGCUCCCAGGAUGGGGAGGCUGGGGAGGCACAGCACUGCCCUGAUAAGCGCUAUGCCAUGGUUCUGUUCCGCAUCACCAGUGUCUUCUACAUCCUCUGGUUGCCCUACAUCAUAUAUUUUUUGCUGGAGAGCUCUGCUGUCUAUAGAAACCACACUGCAUCCUUUUUGACCACUUGGCUUGCCAUUAGCAACAGUUUCUGCAACUGUGUCAUUUACAGUCUCUCCAACAGUGUUUUUCAGAAGGGGCUCAAGCGCCUCUCGGGAGUUGUUUGCACCUCUUGCGCAAGACAGAGGGUAGUUAAGGACUCUUCAACCUCUAGGAGCAAAAGACCUUCCAAUGGAUGCCAUGUCUAAGGAGCAGAUUGCUGUGACUGGGAAAUUCAGGCAGUCAUGUACAUUGCAAAAUAAGUUAGAAACAGUUUUAAGAUGUCCAGGUUAGCAAAAAGGUUUCUGAGAAAUGCUGCUGACACAAAAAUCAGGAGCGUGUAUUAUUGUUUUCACUUAAAAAUUUCAUUGUGGUGUUAGGGUAUGUGGUGUGUGACCUCCAUAUUCAUUUUAAGAAUAAAGCUGUAUCCUGACACUUUUUCUGGCAUGACUGAAUGUAGUGGGUGUGUGUGAGCUUCAGCAAUUUUUUUUUUUUACAACUUUACGAGGCUGUUUCAAGAUUUAUGCGUCACAUAGAAAUGAUUUCUCUGAAGUGGAAGUGUUAUAGUAUAAUGGUGUAUUGCAGGGACUUUUUUUGUGUAUGCCAAAGCAUAUUGACUCUGUGUGUUCUUACACCGAA